GGCGCUCCCACAACCCUUUGCGGUGGUUCAAGAUGACGGCGCCCAGAGGUUCCAUCAGCGACGCGGAGAGCAGCAGCGGAGGCAGCGAUGCCGAGGAGCUGGCGCGGUGCCGCGAGGCGGCGGUGCCGGCCUGGGGCGUGGGGCAGCGCCCGAGAGGCCCGGAGAAGAAAAGAGCCGAUGCUGCAAAUAAUCAGCUGCCAGCUACCCAGCCAAGCCUCAGGCAUAAGGUGGAUGAGCACGAACAAGAUGGCAAUGAGCUUCAGACCACCCCCGAGUUCCGAGCCUACGUAGCCAAGAAGCUGGGAGACCUGCUGGACAGCUCCAUUACCAUCUCAGAAGCUGUGAAGGGACCAACAAAGGCGGAGGUACAGAAAGCCACCCCGGAGGAUGAUGGCUUCCGCCUCUUCUUCACCUCCGUCCCCGAAGGCCCUGAGGAGACAGCUGCUCCCCAGCCCCGCCGAAAGCGACUGCCUUCCCGCUCCAGCAGUGAGGACAGUGAUGAGGAGUGGCAGCGGUGCCAGGAGGCAGCUGUGUCAGCCUCUGCCAUUCUGCAGGAGUCCGCCAUCCACGGUCCUGUCAAGGUGGAAAAGGAAGCAAAGAAGAAGAAAAGGAAGUUGAAAAAGAAAGCCAAGGAGGCCAGCGCAGACUUGACCACAGCCACCACCAUCACAAGCAAGGCCACAGCCGGGAAGCAGGGACAGGAGUCAGCCAAGCUCAACGGAGACCUUGUGUCCCUGGGAACCAAAAAGAAGAAAAGGAAGAAAAAGGCCAAGAGAGCCAUUGAGGCCUCCCCGUUCCCACCAUCGAAGAGCGCAGCAGCCUCGCCUGCACACUGACCAGGUGCAGGGCGGGCCCGGCUAGCCCCAGGGAUGAGGUGCCACCGGGGCGGGGCAUUUCCAGGCGCUGCCUCCCUCUCCGCGUUCAGGGACUUGGCAGUACGUCCAGACUCUGCCCGUGAACGGGGCGAAGCCUUGGUUGUAGAGUGAGAAGCCUAAGCAAGGCCUGCCCCCUGUGCUCCCACUGGGGCUGGGCAGACCUGUGGCACCAGAACGUUCCGUGGUCUCGGAAGAAGGAGCCUUCCAGCUAGUCAAGGCUGAUAGCUGAGCGGUGACACUUCCAUCUCCCCAGGGCUGUCGGAGGAGGUGAGUGAAGGGAGACUCGCCCACCUCCUCAGCCUGGAGUGGGAGACAGUCUUAAGAAAAUGAGGGAAGAGGUCCCUGAGGUGUCAAGGCCCAAAGAGUUUGUGCUUCUCCCCUAUGCCCUGUGACUGGAUAUAACCUUGUCUGAAAAAGAAGGAGAGAUUUCCCCCCUCAUUUUCCAGAACUUUCUCUACAUUUGUGAACACACCACACACAAUCAUAUCUCAACCAGAUUAUCGAAAAUUAAGGGUCAGACCCAGCACGGAACUAAGUGAUUGGGUGCUGCCUCCAGCAGUGCUGAAUGCUGAUGAGACAUUUUAAAUCAGCACCACACAGGAGGGUCCCUGCCCCGGCUGCAGGCUACAGCAGUGCCACAGGCCUUGUGGACUGGGCUUCAUGCACGAGGCCUAUUCACGGGGCAGAAGGCCAAGGUUAAGGUAAACUUCUGGCACCGUCGCGUAGAUCCGGCAGAGCAAUGACAGGUGGCCCCCGAGAGUCUGCGUGUGCUGGACCCAUCUCCGGCUCCUGGCCCACCUGCGCCUCCCUCUGCCUGCCCAACCCACUGGGCGAUGGGGGACAAGCAAGAAGGUUCCAGGAUGUUCCUCGUUUACUUUAUUAAAAGUUAAAUAAUGUA